AUGGCUCCAGUUAUCACCAGACCAGGCUCUGAGGAGAACAUCACCUCCUCGUACUCAGACACAUUACCUUUGGGCGAGUACUUGUUCUUGCGUAUUGCCCAGGCUAACCCUAAGCUCAAGUCGGUGUUUGGUAUCCCCGGCGACUUCAACUUGGCCCUCUUGGAGCACUUGUACUCUGACUCUAUCGCCAAAGAGAAGGGCAUUGACUUUGUAGGUAUCUGCAAUGAACUCAAUGCUGCCUACGCUGCCGACGGCUACGCCAGGGUUAUUCAAGGCUUGAGUGUCUUGAUCACAACCUACGGUGUCGGCGAGCUUUCUGCAAUCAACGGUGUGGCCGGCGCUUUUGCAGAGUACAUACCCGUGUUGCACAUUGUGGGCACCACUUCGACAGCUCAACAAGACCAGGCAAAGACGGCUUCUCGCAGAACCGUUCGCAACAUCCACCACUUGGUUCCAAGCAGACACGCAUUGACGCCUCCAGACCAUGACGUCUACAAAUACGCUGUUCAGGGUGUUUCUUGCAUUCAAGAGUCUCUCACAAAGGAGGACCAGGCUGACAACUUGGACAAAAUCGACAAGGUGAUCACCAAGAUCUUGCAAGAAAACAGACCAGGCUACUUGUUCAUUCCUAGCGAUGUUCCAGACGUGAAGGUUCCAAAAUCAAGAUUGUUGCAGCCAUUGAACUUCAACGAGCUCAAGGAUGCCUCUUUGCUUGAGGAUGUCUCUGACAAGAUCUUGAACAAGCUUUACAGCGCCAAGCAGCCCGCUAUUUUUGGGGACGCUUUGGUGCCUCGUUUCCGUGCUCAGGAGCAGUUCACCAAGUUUGUGGAGGCCAUGCCCGCAAACUUUGUUAAACUCUUCUCUUCCAACAUUGCCAGAAACAUCGAUGAGACCUUGCCCAACUUUGUCGGCUGCUACUACGGUCAGUUGACCCAGGACAAGAAAAUCACCGAGAGCAUUGAGCAAAAGACCGAUGUGUUGUUGAACGUCGGGUACUUCAACAACGAAACCAACAACGGCUUCAACUCAUUUAACUUUGACAACAUCAAGGACUACGUGGAAAUCCAUCCAGACUACAUUUUGAUCGAUGACGAGUACAUCGUUGUUAAGAGCGAAGAGAAGGACCAGCGUGUGUUCUCGAUCAACGACUUGAUGACCAAGCUUGCGGAGAAGCUUGACGUGAGCAAAUUCGUCCACAACGACGGCCAGAACAACAUCGACUACAGGUACAAGAUGCCUUCUUUCACCGCAAAGGACAGCAACAAGGAAAUUAUCACCCAGAACAAGUUGCUCGACUUCAUGAAGGAGUACUUGCAGCCUAACGACAUCUUUUUCGUGGAGACGUGCAGCUUCUUAUUUGGCGUCGCGGACUUGACACUCCCUAAGGGUGCCAGCCUCUAUUCCCAGUCCUUCUACGGAUCCAUUGGUUACGCUUUGCCCGGAACCUUGGGUGGAGCCCGUGCUGAGCGCGAUUUAGGCACCAAGCGCCGUGUGGUUUUGGUGCAAGGCGACGGUUCCGCGCAAAUGACGAUUCAAGAGUUGACAUCGUACGUCAGACACGACAUCGAACCUCCAAAGGUGUUCUUGUUGAACAACGAAGGCUACACUGUGGAAAGAAUCAUCAAGGGCCCCACGAGGCUGUACAACGACAUCCAGCUGAACUGGCAAUGGACGCAGUUAUUGAAGGUUCUUGGCGAUCCUGAGGAGAAGAAGCACGUCUCCGCAGACGUGAGAAGCGCAGAACAAUUGACCAAAGUCUUGAGCCACGCGCCUCUGGACAAGGUGGAGUUCUACGAGCUCCAUUUGGCCAAGUUGGAUGUGCCGGACCGCUUCACGCGGAUGUUCAAGUAG